AUGGGCGCCGUGGGAAGCCCGAUGGAAUUGGAACCGGACGUGGGAGCCUUCGUGGCAAACCUCCCGCGAUUCUCCGUGAUUCCUUCCCUGGAUCCUUACGGGCAGACUCCAUUGAGAGUGACAUCUCCCACCAGUAGCGUGUAUUAUAAUGACAAUUAUUGUUUUACCCAUGUGCCGUCAACGAGGAGGAGCAAACAGACCUCGCUUGCAUAUUCGGUCAGGAACAGGGAAUGUGGUGGCCCAAGAAUUUGCACACCGAGGUCUAUCCUGGAAGGGCUGUGCAGCGACGAGUCCAGCACCUACCAGAUGUACGGGAACGAAGAUGGCUCGCCUCCUUUCAGUCUCAAGUUUGGGAAGUCAAAGCGGGCUGCAUGUCUGGUGGUUGCCGAUGAAGAAGGAAGUGUAUCCAUCAUCGACUCAUCCAAGCCCAAGUCUCAGUCCAACAUGUGCUCGUGGCUGUGCCACAGGAAUGCAAUUUUUGACGUCGCCAUAGCCGAUGGAGACGAUUUGCUGGCAACAGCUUCGGGGGAUCAGACGAUCAAGCUUUGGGACCUUUCGUCCCAUGAACCUGUGGAAAAGUUGAUGCUGAGAGGCCACAAGAGCAGCGUCAAGUCUGUACAGUUUAGGCCGGGGAGUCAGAACGAGUUGGUGUCGGGGGCGAGGGAGGGAUCUAUUUUUUUAUGGGAUGUGAGGGUUAAGAAUGAUGGCUGCACUACCAGGAGCCAGGGGGAGACGGGGAGGCCAACGAAGCAAAUCGCUGAAGCGCAUGCGAAACGAAAUUAUGCGAACAUCACGACAUCUCCUCGCAGAAAAAGCAAAGACGCGAAGAACUCAACAUCUUGCAGUGUCACAAGCGUGGUCUUCAUCAACGACUACAUCUUAGCGUCGGCUGGGGACAACGACGGUAGCGUCAAAUUCUGGGAUCUAAGGAGAGGAUGGACGUCUCGGGUAGGAGGCCUGGUCGUGGUUGUAGCAGGAGUUGACAUCUAUUUACAGCAUACCUUCAAGCCGACCUCCUUCCUCUCCCGCGAGGCCAGUGCGACAGGCCGGCCAAGGGGGAUCACAUCUCUCUCAGUGAACAACACCAAUUCGAAGAUCCUGGCGUCAAGCUCUGAUCAUCAUAUCUACAUGUUCGACUGCCUGGUCCCCGAGCGGGAACCCUCGAUCUACAGCGGGCAUGUUGUCAAUUCCUUCUACGUCAAGGCCUCCUUUUCUCCGGACUGCCGCUACAUCAUCAGUGGGAGCAGCGACUACCACGUGUACAUCUGGGACGUCAGCAAUCCGCUCCUCCCUCCCAUGAGGCUUCGGGGCCACACUGGGGAGGUUUCGGACGUGGCCUGGAGCCAGAAAGAGUUCUGGAAGCUGGCCAGCAGCUCCGACGACACGACAGUGCGACUGUGGACGAUCGACCGCGAGCUCAGCGAGCAUUUCUCGGCGGAAGGAGCUCGUGGAGACACUGAGCUUCUCUCCCCGCACAGCAGCCGCUACAGCGGUGUCAGCGAGGUUCCUCGGGCAUGGAGCCAUCCUCCCAGCAAAGAGGAGGACCUGCUCACCUGCCACGAGGUUAUGAUGUUCACCGACACCUGCUCUUCUGACGAUUCUCUGACUCCCCGCAAGAUCCGCAAGCUGAAACCCAUCGAUAGCAUUGGGCUCGUACGACAUUCCAACCUGGACAACUCUAGGAGUCAGUCGGGAAGCCCAACGCUAUGGAAGCAAUCCAAGAUCGAAGACUUCUACUCCUCCACCCCCAUUAGCCGGAAGUGA